ACAAAUAGGCUUUUAAUUUUAUAAUAUUUCCUGAUAAGUGUACAAUCCUUCCUUUGAAAUUUAAACUUUUUUUUCUAACAUGCAUAUAUCUUUGACAGAAAUGAUCAAUUGCUUGAAGUUUAAAAUCAUACUAAUACUUUAACAUUCAUUAUUCUAAGUUGACAAAAAUUGGCAUGCAUUACAGGGCAUAAUUUAUCCAGGUUUGCAUUGCAAAAUGUAGCAACUUGAACCCCUGUAAAAGAUGAUCCAAUAAUGCAAGUCAUAUGUCCAAAAUCCAAAUAAUGUUUUAAAGAUAAAAUAUGACUGGUUGAAAAGACUUAACAUACCUAAAAUAUUUUUUUGCCAGAAACAUAUCACUAACUAAAUAAGAGGUAGCACAAACACCUCAAUUUCAAACUGUAGCUCAUGAUAUAUUUUGGAUAAACAGUUAAUGUGAUGAGCCAUAAUGAAAACUGUUUAGUGAAAUCUGGAAAAUAGCCAAAAGCUAAACCUGUAGAAUAAACACUUGUUUAAAUAAUGAGUAGCUUGUUCAGUGUUUCUAUGUGUGAUUUUUGUUGUUGGUGUUUAAAUUACUGCAAACUUUCAAAGACGAAUCAGAAGUUUGUAUAUUAGAUACACUGAAUGCACAUGUACUCAUUAUAGGUUAGGGAAGUAUGAUUUCUUUGAGAGGCUAGCCUGUUUGUAUUACUUUAGUCUCACUAUAGCUUUUUACAUAAUUACCAAAACUCAACUGCAAUAAUGGUAAUGGUCAAUGCACAAAUAAGUAUUUUGAUAACUUUAGCAUUAUAUUGGGGUGUCAUAUUAUUCAAAAAAUUUAAUUUAACAUGAACAGAAUUGCUAAAUAAAUUAUUUGAGUAUUGCAAAAUCUAUUUCUUGUACUAUUCUGACUGAAAAACAGUGGCAUCCAGACAAAAUAAAAUGACUAUAAUAUGAACAGCUUAAAAUAAUAUCAAUAAAUCUAAGUGAAAAAAUUAAAUUUGUAUAUUUCUUGCUGAUGCAGCUGUUAGAUUAUCUCUGCACACUGCACAUCAUAGUAGAAUAGAUAAUGUGUUUAUUUUGAAUAACUUAUUCAAAUUUCUGUAAAUAAUAAUAGUGACUAACACUUGACUUUAGCAAGAGAGGUUUCUUUUUAUUGGGUUAAAAAGUUUUAAUAGUAGCAACUAGGUUAUUGGGCUGAAUUUUCUUCAGUGAGCAUACUUUCCAUUUUAAGUUAUUUUUGUGAAUGUGUAUACAUUAAGCUUCAGUUAAUGAACUUUGAUAACAGGAUCAAUGUGUCAGGUGUGUGUAGUUCAUAGUUGUCAAUAAUAUCUUCAUCUUCUUUAUUGUGGAAAGUUACAAUUUGUAUCUCAUAUCACAGUUUAAGUUUUAUAAGUUUGAAGUAUAUUAUUUAAAAAAGUAUGUGAUUGCCAUAAUACUUGAAGGUCAAGAUGGUCAAGCAUAGGUAAAAAUGUCCACUCAUUGACUGAAAGUGAUUAGAUUUGGACUGAUAACUGACAAAUACUUAUCUUGUGUUCUGUAACAGUGGUUAAAAAAAAGACAUUUAAUUAGUUGUUUAACAGCAAGAACAUGUAAAUUUUUGUUUGUAUGAGUACAAACCAAUGUUAUCAAGAAGUGCUGUUAGUGCAGGUAUGCUUAUUAGUAUAAAUAAAGAUGCGCACCAUGUAACUAACUGCUUAGGUGACAGAAAUGCUUGCACCAUAGUAGUUAGUCUGCAAAUAAAAACUUACAUUUCCAUUGCUCCAAACCCCUGGCUUUAAUAAGUUAGAGAAAUUAGUUUCCAAUAAAAGCAGCUAAUGUACCACAAGGCUUCAGAAAACAUUACUAUUGAAUUGUUACAAAAGCAAGUUAGUUGCAGAUGUGUUUUUUUUGUCCACAUUCUUCUUAAAUUGUACAAUGCUAUUUAUUACACACUUCUAAUUUUGAGCCAUAAUGACCAAAUUAGAAGAAUGUGGAAAAAAAAACCCAUCUGCAAUUAAUUUAUUUUUAGAACAGUUUUUAAUCUUAUUGGAUUUUCAGUAUUUCUCUGGAUUUUGGCAUUGAAUAUGUAGUUCAAACAACUGUAAGAAGUUAAAUUCAUGCAAUAGUUUUGUUUAAACUGAUAGUUCUAAUAUUCCAAAACUUUCUAGGCAUGUUUAUUUGCUUUUAUGCAAUGGGGUUAAAUGACAUAGACGUGGGUAUUUUGAUUUUGAAUUAAUAAUGUUUUCUGAAGCCAAUCAAACUAUCGUUUUUGGUCUAAACAACAAAAAAAAUUACUGUAAAAUUGGCUGUUUACUCUUUAUAUAGAAGUUUUAUGAUAGAGCAGUAAACAGCAAACUUUACAUUAUGAAAAUGAAAACUAAGUAUUAUUUUUAUUUGAAAGAAAUACAAUAGCAGUACUAGUAUUCUGCUGUGCAAAGUAGAUACAGUUGACUGCAUAAAACUAAAAUGUAAAUCACGGUAGGCCCUUUAUCUCUUCCAGAAAGAAGGGAACAGAGGCCAGAGAAAGGUUCAAAUGGCUGAGAUUUCAAAUCAACCUUGUUUCCAUUUUCCUUCGUUUUUAAUAAGUUUCAUGUUUAGGCCUUUUUCAUAACCUAAUAAAGGUAAAACAUUACCAACUCAUCUAAACUAAAUAUGUAUGAAAGUUUCAGAAAGUUUUACUUUUAUGAAACAGAUACCAAAAGAAUUUUAAUUCCUACCUUGGUAAUAUAUGCAUAUAUUACAAAAAGAACAAAAAAACUUCAAGACUUUUUGCUUGAAUUUUGAGUUCAAAGUUCAAGUUAAAAGAAAGACUGCACUUGUGUAUUAAGCCAGUGGGUUUGGAGCUGUGACACCGUUACUUAUCGCCUGAGUGGCUGAACCUGCCGACACUACAGUGUUUUGGCAAUCAAUGGAAAGGGAAUAUUCUGCUGCCUGGCGUGUUCUACUUGAGAAUGUUCUGGUGCCCAAGAAUGUGCCACAGAAAGCUAUCAAGGAGUUUCAUCAGUGAGAUGUCAUUUUAUGUGAAACAGCUGGGAAGAAACGUACAUGCUAGAGAACAUGGUUCAAACAAGCAAGUUGCAUCAAAAUCAUGUGCUUUGUCACUUGUUAGACAACUGUAUCAUCUCCGUGUCAUUGAAGCAUACACUGGGCAGAGCUCAAAAAAGAAAGAGAUGGAAAAAUUGGAACCUUAUGAAGUAAAUAUAAGCCCAGAAUUAGAAAGCGAGUUGUGUGAAGUUUUACAACUGCUACAAAUUGAACCUGUUCAAAUUCCUGAGAAUAUUAAUGCUUCUGAACCAUUCAGUCUAAUGGAAGAUCAGGUGAAAACAUCAGAAUUAGAACCUACUAGUAAGCCUCAGUUGGGCGGAGUUGUGCCUUGGUCACCACCACAACAAAACUGGAAUCCAUGGACCAGCUGUAACAUUGAUGAGGGUCCAUUAGCACAACUACCUUUGGAUCAGAUAAGUCAAGAUUUGAAGUAUGAGUCUGAAGAUCGACUGCUUAAUGAUGAAAAUCUUAAUAAGAUGAUAAGAGAAAGACAGAAGCUUCCUGUAUUUUCGUGUCGUGAGGAGAUUUUAGCUGCUAUUGAAGAAAAUCCUGUUAUUAUUGUGAGAGGUGCAACUGGUUGUGGUAAAACUACUCAGGUUCCUCAGUACAUCUUGGAGAGCUACACAAGUGCGGGUCACGCUGCAGAAUGUUGUAUUGUUGUGACUCAGCCUCGACGUAUCAGUGCAGUAUCUGUUUCUGAAAGACUAGCAGAAGAACGAGUAGAAACCAUAGGAUACAGCUGCGGGUAUAGCGUUCGUUUUGAAUCGGCUCUUCCUCGACCAUAUGGCUCAAUUUUGUUUUGUACUGUAGGUGUCCUCUUAAGAAAAUUAGAAGCAGGUUUGAGAGGUAUUUCGCAUGUGAUUAUUGAUGAAAUACAUGAAAGAGAUGUUAAUACUGACUUCAUCAUGGUGGUUAUUAGAGACAUGGUACGAGCCUUCCCACAGAUGCGUAUUAUACUUAUGUCUGCCACGAUUGACACUUCUCUUUUCCAAGACUACUUUCAAAACUGUCCAAUCAUUGAGGUACUUGGUCGUUCUCAUCCUGUAACAGAGUACUUUUUGGAAGACUGUAUCCAGAUGCUAAGUUUCACCCCUCCUCCAAAUAUGAAAAAGUCAAAGAGCAAGAAAGAUGAAGAUGGUGUUGAUGGGGAUGACCAAGAUGAAGACUGUAACAAGGUGAUUGGAUCAGAAUAUUCAGAGAGCACUAAAUAUGCAAUGUCCCAGCUUAGUGAGAAAGAAAUGAGCUUUGAACUUAUUGAGGCUCUUCUGCUGUACAUCAAAAACCUUGAGGUACCAGGAGCGGUGUUGAUAUUUUUACCAGGAUGGAACUUGAUCUUUGCUUUGAUGAAACAUCUUGAGCAGCAUCCUGUUUUUGGUAGCAAUGGCUACAUUAUCCUGCCUCUCCAUUCACAACUGCCUCGAGAAGACCAACAUCGUGUGUUUGAAAAUGUUCAGCCUGGAAUCACCAAGGUAAUCCUUUCCACAAAUAUUGCUGAGACUAGUAUCACUAUUAAUGAUGUUGUCUUUGUCAUUGACUCCUGCAAAGCUAAAAUGAAGUUGUUUACGUCACACAACAAUAUGACCAAUUAUGCCACUGUAUGGGCAUCAAAAACUAACCUUGAACAACGUCGUGGUCGAGCUGGUCGUGUGCGUCCUGGGUUUUGUUUCCACCUCUGUAGUCGUGCCAGGUUUGAAAAGCUAGAUAAUUACACCACUCCUGAAAUUUUCCGUACACCUCUGCAUGAGAUUGCUCUGGCAAUCAAAUUGCUUCGAUUGGGUGAUAUCAGUAGGUUUUUGUCAAAAGCACUUGAACCACCUCCCAUUGAUGCUGUUAUAGAAUCUGAAGUCUUGUUGAAAGAAAUGGGAGCUUUAGAUCGCAACAGUGAACUUACACCUCUUGGUAAAAUCUUGGCUCGGUUGCCAGUUGAGCCUCGUCUUGGGAAGAUGAUGAUUUUGGGAUGCAUCUUUGGUCUGGGGGAUGCUCUGUGUACAAUUUGUGCUCACAGCAGUACUUUUCCAGAACCUUUUGAUACCAAUAUUCCUCGUCGUCUUGCAUGGGUGCAUCGACGUUUCCAAGGGAUGAGAUGGAGUGACCAUGCAACUGUAUUGAAUGUGUUCAACCAGUGGGAAGAUGCUCGCAUGCAAGGGGAUUAUGCUGAGCAAGGUUUCUGUGACCAGUUUAUCUUGUCUAUGCCAACAUUGAGAGUAACUGCAGAUGCGAAGAAUCAGCUGAGAGAACUGCUACAGUCUGCUGGGUUUCCUGAGGAAACCAUGUCAGUACAGAACUUCAUAUUCCAUGCACCAGAUAGUAAAUUAGACAUGAUCCUAGCAUUUCUUCUGGUAGGUUACUAUCCAAAUAUUUGCUUCCAUAAGGAAAAAAGGAAAGUGAUCACCACUGAAGGGAAGGCAGCUCUCAUUAACAAGACUUCAGUAAACUGUACUAACAUACCUAGAAAAUUUCCAUUUCCUUUCUUUGUAUUUGGAGAGAAGGUCCGAACACGAGCUGUGUCAUGUAAACAAAUGACCAUGGUAACACCGCUUCAUUUGUUGUUAUUUGGAUGCUCUAAGUGUGAAUUGGUAGAUGACUGUGUACAACUUGAUCGAUGGAUAAAUAUCAAGAUCCAACCUCAUGUAGCAGCAAUGAUUGUUGCUCUACAGCCCGCAAUAGAAAACCUUAUUAUGCAUUAUGCUUCAGAUCCAGAGUCUCUCACUGAACUGGGUCCACUUAACAGUAAAUUGGUUGAUGUGGUUCGUAAGUUAUGUCGGAUGGAUGCUGGAAAAUUUGACUUGUUAGAUGAUGGAGAAUAUGGCUCUGACGGACCUCCUCGUAAGGCACCAAGGCUAAGUGCUGGCUUGGGCAGAGGAGGUGGAUAUAGAGGAGACUUCAGAGGUGGAUAUAGGGGAGAUUUCAGAGGUGGAUAUAGGGGAGAUUUCAGAGGUGGGAAUAGGGGUGGCUCAGGGGGAUAUAGGGGCAGCUCAGGUGGAUAUAGGGGCAGCUCAGGUGGAUAUAGGGGCAGUUCAGGUGGAUAUAGGGGUGGUUCAGGUGGAUAUAGGGGUGGCUCAGGUGGAUACAGAGGUGGCUCAGGUGGAUACAGAGGUGGCUCAUCUUUUCAAGGAAGUGGAUUUCCAGGUGGACCACCUGAAGGCAGAGGAUUUUCUAGGGGUGCUUAUUAGAGGCACCAGAAGUGUUAUCAUGUAUGUGUAUUGUGGUUGAGCAUUCCAACCUGUAAUGGAAUUCCUGAGUUACAGUCAGCUUAAUGUUAUAUCCUUAAGUCUUAAAGUUUUUAGUUUAAUGCCAUGUGACAUUUUUGGGGGGUGGGAGGAUGCUGUAGCUUGAAGAAAACUUCUGUUGUGUGUUUUAAAAUAAAAUGACCAACCUGAA